GACUGUCUCGCGUGACUUUGUCGGAUGAUAUUUUGUGUUGUUUCUUGACGUGUUGUUUCUUGUGUUGUUUCUUCUUCAGCUCUUGGAGCCAUGGUUUUUUGGCUCACUCAUGGAGACAUUCAGUACUCACUUUUCCUAUGUUGGUCUCUACUUUAGAAGGUGUGUGACUGUCAUCUGAGUAGCAGUUGAAUCAGCAUUGCUGGAAAAAGAAAUACAGUGAAUUUACAAGACAAUGUAUUAGAAUUGGAUGAAUUAUAUUGCAAUCACUUCACAAUGCACAUAGGAAGCAAAGUAUUAUUCUUCAUCGUUUUCUCCAGCUCUUCAUUUAUUUUCGUCAUGAAGUGGCUUUGGGGUGAUUUUACUGUCACUGUGCAUGUUGAUGUUCCAAUUGCCUUGGUUGGACAAGCUAUGAUGUUGUCCUGCAAUCUCAUAGACCAGGUUCCCGCUAACAUUCAAGUGCAUUGGUACAAAUUGGAAAGGAACAAAAAUACAACGUUAUAUUUUUACAAUAGCACAGAAAAAGGCACUGAGCUGGGCCGGGCUGGGGACUGGCACAGGAUCAAAGGACAGUAUGAGAAUGGAGUCAUUAGGGUGAAGGUCUUUCCAGUGCAAGUAGAAGAUAGUGGUCAGUACGUGUGUGCGGUGACAAGCGAUGGUGUCUAUAAAGAAGCUAUUGCCCAGGUAACUAUUUCAGGUUUUGGCUCUGCACCUCACCUAAGUAUGGAACAUCAGCAGAAUAAUUCAAUCACUCUGAGGUGUACGUCCCAAGGGUGGUACCCACAACCUGAAGUACGCUGGACUGACAGCGCAGGAGAAAACAUACCUGCUAUGGCUGAAACAAGAAUCCAGAAAGAUGUGACAGAUCUGUAUCAAAUCCACAGUACACUCAGGGUCGCAGAUAUUGCUUCUGACACUAUCUCAUGCACUAUAACAAACCCCUUGCUGAAGAGGCACCGCAAAAAAGUUAUUGCAAUUUCAGGUUUCUUUGAUGUGGAGGCAGAACAUGACGUCAUUACCGCUGUAAUUGGAGAAAAUGCCAUUCUUCCCUGCCGGCUGAUUACAAAACAUCUGCCUCCUAGCAUGGAGCUGCAAUGGAGGAAAGUUGGACCUGGGGAGGGAAAGGCAAUCUAUUUAUAUAUGUAUGAUGAAAGCAGCCCCCUGGUUAAUUCUUAUCUACAUGAUGACAAAUGCGCAAUGGGUUAUUUGUCUCCAAAUGGAAUGAACAGCAGAGAAUGGCACAGGAAAGAAUAUGAAAAAAAGGCAGAAGUUUUUAAAGGAAAGGAGUUUGGGAAAGGAAAUAUUUCUCUGAAACUGAACAAUAUUCAGGUGGAAGAAGAAGGGAAAUACGUAUGUUCUGCCACAGCCAACACAUUUCACAGAGAGAUCAUCAUUGACGUCUUGGUUAUCGAGGACUUCCAGGAGCAAAUGGGUGUCUUAAUCUGUUUAUUGCUGUCUAUUGCUGUGGUCAUUAUCCUUUUUCUUGGAAAAUACAAAAGAGACUUGGAAAAGAGAAUAAAGGACUUCCAGGAGCAAAUGGGAGACUUGGAAAAGAGAAUAAAGAAACCCCAGGAGCCAAUGGGAGACUUGGAAAAGAGAAUAAAGGACUUCCAGGAGCAAAUGGGAGACUUGGAAAAGAGAAUAAAGAAACCCCAGGAGCCAAUGGGAGACUUGGAAAAGAGAAUAAAGGACUUCCAGGAGCAAAUGGGAGACUUGGAAAAGAGAAUAAAUGAAAUGAAGAAGGAAUUAGAAUGGAGAAGGGCUUGGAACAAUUCAGAUGACAUCACUCUGCAUGGAGUCACAGCCCACCCCAACCUCUCCAUUUCUGAUGACAAGAAGAGUUUAACACAUGAAGCCCAACCUCAACAAGUUCCAGCAAAUGCAGAGAGGUUCGAUUCGACCAUCUGUGUGUUGGGCUGUGAAGGAUUCUCCUCUGGAAAGCACUACUGGCAGGUGGAUGUCGGGAGCAGCACUGACUGGGACCUGGGGGUGGCCAGAAAAUCCAUACAGAGAAAAGGAAAACUCUCCCUGUCCCCUAAAGAGGGAUUCUGGGCUCUGGGUCUGAGUGGGACAGAUUACUGGGCAAAAACAGACCCAUGGACCCGGGUCAUGGUGCAGAAAAAGCCCAAGAAAAUUGGCGUUUCCCUUAGUUACCAAGACAGGCAGGUGACUUUUUUCAAUGUAACUGACAUGUCUGUGUUGUUCACAUUUAAUGAUUGUUCAUUCUCAGGAGAGGUUUAUCCGUUCUUUAAAAAUUCACACAAAAAAACAACAAUGAGAAUUUGUUCAAUUAAAGAGGAAUAAAUAUAACAUGACACUGAUGCUGAUUUUAUAUUGAUGUAACUGAAAUCAAGGUUUUCAUGAAUGUAUUUUGAUGUAAAAAAUCUGGGUUUUUUUAAAUGUACAUUGCCAUGCUGUCUUCAUUACAUGUUUUGCAAUAAAAUGUUUUCAUUUCCUA